CGAAGAAACUGGCGGGAGGUGGGCUUUUAGGGCUUUGAGGGCUUUGAGGGCUGCGAAGAAACUGGCGGGAGGUGGGCUUUGAGGGCUUUGAGGGCUUUCUCGAGGGCUUUGAGGGCUUUUUUGAGGGCUUUGAGGGCUGCUUUGAGGGCUUUGAGGGCUUUUUUGAAGGCUUUGAGGGCUGCCUAGAAACUGGAGGGAGGUGGGCUCUGAGGGCUUUGAGGGCUGCGAAGAAACUGGCGGGAGGUGGGCUUUGAGGGCUUUGAGGGAGAGCGAAGAAACUGGUGGGGAGGAAACUUAGGCUUUGAGGGAGAGCGAAAAAAAAUAAAAAAUAAAAAAUAAAAAAAUUGGCAGGAGGUAGGCUUCGAGUGAGAGCGGAAGGUAGGCACACCUCGCAUGACACGUGGCGAUCGAGGGGCUGUAAUUGACCGGGCCGGAGUCAGUAGGCCGUCUUUUGGUCUUGGGUGUGUCUAUCUGUAUGUGGAGGACAGAGGACGCGACACGGUGGCGGCUGCCAUCGUCUCCCAUCAAUCAAUCAAAUCAAUAAAAGGGAGGCAGGUCCAACGUCAAAAAACGCGGACACAAGGGAAGGGGAGGGAAUCGAAAGGUAGACGGAUAGAUUUUAAGAGACGACUGCGAAAAUCAAUCAAUCGCUGCAAUCUGUGUUCGAUUUGAGAAGCUCACGACUGAGCGAUCAAUCAAUCAAUAAAUCAAUCGAAACACAUACACACACACACACACACACACAACGCUCGCUCGCUCGCUCGCUAGAGAGAGAGAGAGAGAGAGAGAGAGAGAGAGAGAGAGAGAGAGAGAGAGAGAGAGAGAGAAGAUGAGGAAUAAGGGGAUACAGCUGUCUUUGUCCCCUUUGACGGUUCCUGCGGAUCCCUCAGAUGCGCAAUUCUCGACUUUCAUCUCGUCGUUGCAAGGUGGCACGUACAAGGCGGGAAGGGGAGCUGUAUCUGUUCACGAUCUGGAGAGUCUUUCCAUUUUGGGCAGGGGAAACAGCGGCGUCGUUCGAAAAGUGAGGCAUCGACGGUCCGGCGAUUUCUAUGCUCUCAAGCUCAUCCAAUUAAGCGGCCCGCACGAGCAAUCCGCUCGCACGCAAAUCAUGCGCGAACUCGACAUUCUCCUCACCGUCGAUUCCCCUCUCGUCGUCAGGUGCUUCAACGCUUCUUGCAGUGACGGCGUGAUCUCCAUCGUGCUUGAAUACAUGGAUGGGGGUACAUUAGCAGAUCUGAUCAAAUCGAACGGCAGGAUCUCAGAGCCGUACAUCGCCGCCAUAGCCAAGCAAGUACUCCAAGGCUUGGUCUAUCUCAACAAGGAGCGCCACGUCAUCCAUCGGGAUAUCAAGCCUUCUAAUCUACUUGUGAACACCGACGGGGAUGUGAAGAUAGCCGAUUUCGGAGUCUCUGCCGUGCUGGCAAACUCUGUAGCCAUGUGCGACUCCUUUGUCGGGACACAGACCUACAUGUCGCCGGAGCGGAUCAUGGGCGAAAGAUACGGGUAUAAAUGCGACGUGUGGAGCGUCGGUCUGUCGUUGAUGGAGUGUGCUAUUGGGAGAUUCCCCUACCCUCCUCCUCCGGGCGAAUCUGGUUGGAACAACUUCUUCGAUCUUCUGCAGACUGUCGCGAGAGAACCACCUCCCUCUCUCCCCGCUUCGGACCCCUCUUUUUCACCCGAGUUCCGCUCCUUCAUCAAUUGCUGCCUGCGCAAGAACCCCCGCCAGCGCGCGUCUUCCCCCGAGCUGUUGAAUCACCCGUUCAUCAGGAAAUAUGAAGGAAGAUCAAUCGAUAUAGCAGAUCUCAUUCACUAAUCACAGACGCACGAUCGACUGUGCUGUGGCAAGCGGCGGAAGAAGACAAACGCGGGAGUGGGAGGAGGAGGAGGAGGAGAAGGAGCGAGUAGCAGGAGUAGUAGGAGGAGCAGCACGAGGAGAAGGAGCGAGUAGCAGGAGUAGUAGGAGGAGCAGCACGAGGAGAAGGAAGUGGAGCAGGAGGAGGAAGAGGAGGAGGAGGAGAGAUUGUCAUCGUGAUCUCAGACGGAAACACCCGCCGUCUUCCACCGAAUAGAACGUAUGGUCAUUAUUCUGGUUGUAUUUGGGAGAACUUUCAGUCUAGAUACAGCGAUAAUGACCGCGCGUUCUAUUCGGGGGAAGACGGUAGUAGUAACCCUUUCGUCUUUUGGCCUUCAUCAAAGGAGGGGGCAAGGUGGGAUUGGCAUGCCCGAGAAAUUGUGCCCUACCCUCUUCACCCGAAUAGAGCGCCCGGUCAUUACAGCUGUAUUUGAUACAACUUUCGGGGUACAUACAGCGAUAACGAUUGCACGUUCUAUUCGGGNCGUUCUAUUCGGGGGUCUUAUACACAUCUAGAUGUGUAUAAGAGACAGGUGUGUGUGUGUGUGUGUAGGGGGGGGAGUCGUUGGCCUCUUGAAUAUGUGGCCAGGUGCUAUGUACAUUGAGUUGUAGCAGGGUAGGAGGGAAGUAUGAACCUGGUCGCUCUGCUAGAUGUGUAUAAGAGACCUGUGUGUGUGUGUGUGUGUGUAGGGGGGGGAGUCGUUGGCCUCUUGAAUAUGUGGCCAGGUGCUAUGUACAUUGAGUUGUAGCAGGGUAGGAGGGAAGUAUGAACCUGGUCGCUCUGACGGCCAAGUACGUGCUUGGAUGUAUGUAUGUAAAAUUGGACAGAAAUAGAAAUACAAGCAGAAUGUGUUUUAAACUUCAGACGGAUUACUACUAGGGCGAAAUUGCAAAAUGUGCAAAAUUGAGAGUGAAUCUUCCUGUUGACCGUGGAAAGGUACCGCCGUACUUUUGUCUUUUGUGCAUGUCGAUAAGAGUGGAGCGAGGCCCUUCGUCAUCAGGAUUCCAGAUCAGGAAAUUUUUACAAGGCCUCAGCUUGCUUGAACUGAAUUAAGCCGGUAAUAUGACACGAUGCAUGCGCACUCCAGACAAGACUGGCUCCAAGUUUUCGUGCGACAUUGUUAGCGGCGCCACGUGUCGCUCUGUGGGGGGUCCACGCGGGGCUCUGGACUUGCUCUUCAACGAGAGAGAGGUGAUCGAUUCUCGCACACAGACACACACACACAGAGAGAGAGAGAGAGAGAGAGAGAGAUCAAUGGACUGAGUUUGCGGACGGACAAAUCUUCCACGAGAGAGAGAUUAUCGAUUUGCAAGGGGAGGAAGAGCAGUCAAGAGAAGAUGCUAGGGACUUCACUUUUUUGGGGUUUAGGGGAGUCCUUGAUUUUCGCAAGAGACCGAGUCUGUGGGUGCUAGGGAGUUCAUUUUUUGGGGGUUUAGGGGAGCCCUUGAUUUUCGAAGCGGGGGGGGGAGGAGGCGGGGCCGAAGUCUGUGACUGCUAGGGACUUAGUAUUUUUGAGUUUAGGAGAUGGCGGGAUCAGUUUGAGUGAGCUGUCUUUCUGGCUUUGGAGAAGAUGAACCCGCUCAUCAGAGGGAGGGAAGGGGGGAGGGAGGGAGGGAGGGAGGGAGGGAGGGAGGGGGAGAGGCAGAUAUAGACAGACAGAGACAGAGGAUGAGAUGUCGACAGGACAGGCAAUCAGUCUGCCUUCGGGCAUAUGGGUGAUUCUUGUCGUUAAUUGGCUGGCUUACCGAGGAGGGGGACUGAACUGAUGGGAGAGGUGGGUCUUUUACGGCCGACUGCCCUGUUUUUUUUUUUGUUUUUUUUUUGCUGACUGCCCGUUUUUCUCACAGAUGGGUUGUGAUGAGCAUAAGGCAAUACGAUUUGGUGUAUAUAUAUAUCAUAUAUCUGUUUGGGAUAUAUAUAUAUAUCGUCAAACAGAGCCGCUUGGUAAACGCGAU